GUGGGUAGAAUGGGCAACCCAUUUAGCAUUCACUGUAGGGGAAGGCGAAGAGAAAAAAAAAAAGUUGAAUGCCUCUUCCAUCCUCGGGCAAUCCUGAGAUCGCGUGCUGAACAACAACCACGCUCCCAUCACUAACAGUCUCUUGUUCCUGUCACUUCCUAUCUUCUUCCUCUUCUUCUUCUCUCUGAUAUUUUUUAUCUUCUGUCAUCGUUCUGCAAUCCGCCCUUCCAGCUCGCAUUUGCACAUCCGCCCGUGAUGUUCAAGGCCUCUAUCCAGCGGCAUGCCCGCUUAGGCCAUGCGGCUCGCCAAUUCUCUUCCGCUGCAUUGAUGCGGAAUGCUCGCUCUGAUUGUCUCGCUGCCGCCCUUCGCCAGGCAUCAUCGCAGCCCGCUUUACGGCGUCUUCCUCCUACAUAUGCCUUAUCGCGCCUCUACUCAGCCGAAUCCGCUGCCGCUCAAGCGAAUCGGCAAGGUGAAUUUGCUGCUCCGCCAUCAGCUCUUGUCACUCGCUUCAGCGAUCUUUCCAAGCUCGAUGUUAACCGAGGCCUCGUCGAUGCCCUAACACGCGGCAUGGGCUACGAGAACAUGACCGAGGUGCAAUCUAUGUCAAUCACCCCCGCCUUGAAGGGAAUCGACAUGGUUGCUCAAGCUAAAACUGGCACGGGAAAGACUCUAGCCUUCCUAAUCCCCGUGUUCCAGCGUGUUUUGAUGGAUCGGCCCGAGCUAGCCGAGAAGCGAGGCAUUCGUCGCGCUUCGUCAGAGGAUAUUCGUGCAAUCAUCCUAUCGCCCACUCGUGAGCUUGCUGAACAGAUUGGUGUCGAGGCCCGGAAACUCGCCAAGAAUACCAAUAUUGUUGUUCAAACGGCUGUGGGAGGUACCAGGAAAAGAGAGGCCCUUUUCAAAAUGUGGCGAGAGGGCUGCGAUGUUCUUGUCGCUACCCCGGGUAGAUUGAAUGAUCUGCUUACCGACCCAAGUGCCAAGGUGGCAGCUCCUAAACUGCAGGCAUUUGUUCUUGAUGAGGCAGAUAGGAUGCUCGACGUUGGCUUUUCCGACGAGCUCCAGGAAAUCCAGAAAUCGUUGCCUGGGCGGGAUGAAGUAGAACGGCAAACGCUGCUUUUCUCUGCCACUAUACCCCGCGACGUUGUUCACCUUGCCAAGAGCAUGGUCCGCCCUGAUAAUUUCGAAUUUGUGCAGACGAUAAAGGCAGAUGAAGUACCAACGCAUGAAAGAGUUCCCCAGCAUCUAAUCACUGUCCAAGGCUAUGAGAACGUUUACCCGACGAUUAUGGAGAUUAUAGACAAAGCGAAGACUGCUCAAUCUUCCGAUAUGCCAUUCAAGGCUAUUGUAUUCUUUUCUACCACCGCCAAUGUUCAAUUUGCGCAUGAAGUCUUCAGACAGACUGGGUUAUUCGGACGUCGUGGGGGAACAGAGAUCUACCAGAUCCAUUCGAGAUUAACUCAAGCCCAGCGUACGAGAAGCGCUGACUACUUUCGCCAAUCGAAAUCUGCCGUUCUUUUCUCAUCUGAUGUUACAGCGCGUGGGAUGGAUUUCCCCAAUGUGACGGACGUCAUUCAAAUCGGUCUUCCACCUGAGCGGGACUCAUAUAUCCACCGACUUGGUCGUACAGGCCGUGCCGGAAACUCUGGUAAAGGCUGGCUGCUUCUCGCUCAAGAAGAGAUACCGGAGGCGCGUGUUCGUCUUCCCGGCCUGCCAAUCAAGCCUAGCGACGUACUAGCCGCCGCGAAACAUGAUAUAGAGGAUUCCUCCGCGCCUGAUGACGUGUCUCGCUAUUUCAAGCAAAUCAAAGAGGGAUACUCAAGUGUCCCCAAGGAUUUCUUUCGAGCCGUGUAUUUGGGCAGUCUCGGGCAGAAAUUUGGCAGACAAUUCUCGGCCGAGGAGGCAAUUGAAUUGAUGAACAACUGGUGCACACGCGGCUUGGGCUGGGCACAACCCCCCGCUGUGUCCCCCACCGUCGCUGCGAAACGCGGGUUCACUCGUAUUCGUGGGCUUCGAAUUGGUCACGAUGAAGAUGAAUCUAUGGAACGUGGAUUCGGUAACCAACGCGGAUUCGGUAACCAACGUGGAUUCGAUAAUCAACGCGGAUUCGGUAACCAACGUGGAUUCGAUAAUCAACGCGGAUUCGGUAAUCAACGUGGAUUCGAUAACCAACGUGGAUCCGGUGAUCGCUACGGUUCAAACUCUAAUUAUGGACGGAACAACAACUCUGGUAACCGUGGCAAUCCACGCCGAAACACUUUUGAAGACAAGUUUUCAUCGCGCGCUGAUAAUAGAUCACAGUCAGGCAGGAACUUUAACGCCACCUUCUAAAAGUAGGAAUACACUAUUCCAAUGAGAAAUCUAUGAAGCGCUUAUUCCUCCUUUACGACAUUACCAAUCGAAAUUUCGGGAAAUGUUGAUCUUGCCGUGUAUAAAAUCUGGGUUUCAUAGUCGUCUACAACAUCGAAGAUGUGUAUAUGAUUCAUAUGUUCAGGGGCGUCAACGGAGUUGUCGGGUUUGUCGUCCUUAGGACUGGAUAAAAAAGUCUCGUGGGUGGGGGUUCAUUUACGCGCGCAAGACAAGACGGAAAUGAGGCAGCCGAAAUCUCUACUUUAUUGUAUGUACUACUAUAUGGCGGCUAUACGUAAUCUCAGAAGACGGCUAUCGGUGACGCUUGACGUAUUAAUUUUAUGAACAAACAUUCACUCCA